UUACAGAGAGAAGAUGCGUGAUUAUCAGUUCAAGCGGCUGAAGUAUUUUUACGCCGUGGCGGAGUGCGACUCUGCUGACACCGCCGCCAAAAUCUACCAGGAGUGUGACGGCUACGAGUACGAGAGCAGCUGCUCCGUCCUGGACCUCCGCUUUGUUCCAGACGACGUCACGUUUGACGAGGAGCCCAAAGACGCGGCGACGGAUGUGAACCUCUCGGCCUACACGCCCAAACUGUUCACCUCAGCGGCCAACGCGACGUCGAAGGUGCAGCUGACGUGGGACGAGACGGACAGCGAGCGCGUGACCGCCCUGAACAGGAAGUUCACCAAAGACGAGCUGCUGGCCAUGGACUUCAACGCCUACCUGGCCUCCUCCAGCGAGGAAGAGGAAGAGGACGGUGAAGACGGAGGGACGGAGUUCGGAGAGCAGGAGAGCGGGAACGCUGAGGCGGCAGCAGGCGCUAAAGAGACGGAGGUGAAGAAAGAGGAGGAGCAGGAGGAGAAGAAGAAGAAGAAGAAGAAAAGCGAGGAGCAGAUUUCUAAGUACAGAGAGCUGCUGAGAGGCAUCCAGGACAAAGACAGGAAGCUGCAGGAGGACAGGGACAUGGAGAUGGAGAUCACCUGGGUGCCAGGACUGAAGGAGACGACGGAGCAGCUGGUGAAGAAGAAGCUGGAGGGCAAAGACGAGCUGACGCCGUGGGAGGAGUUCCUGCAGAAGAAGAAAGAGCGAAAGAAGCAGAAGAAAUCUCAGAGAAACGAGGGAGACGAUGAAGAGCUCAGUGACGACGAGCUUCCUCCAGACGUCGACCUCCGUGACCCGUUCUUCGCCGAGGAGCUCGCCGCUGCAGACACGAGGAAGAAACAGAAGAAGAAGAAGAAGCAGCGGGAGGAGGAAGAGGAGCGGACAGCUGAGGAGGAGGAGGAGCUGCAGAAACAAAAGGCGGAGAUGGCUCUGCUGAUGGAGGACGACGCUGACGAGGCCAAACACAAACACUUCAACUACGAUAAGAUCGUGGAGCAGCAGAAUCUGAGCAGGAAGAAGAGGAAGAAGCUGCUGAAGACGGGCGAGCAGCCGCCGGAGGGCGACGACUUCCAGGUGGACGUUAAAGACCCUCGUUUCGCCGCCAUGUUCACCUCGCACCUGUUCAACCUGGACCCGUCACACCCGAACUACAGGAAGACCAAAGCCACGCAGAGCAUCCUCGCCGAGAAGCAGCGGCGACGCGAGGACGAGCAGCGCCGCAUGGAGGACGCGCUCAGCGCUCAGAGGGUCAGGCCCACGCAGGGGGAGGCCGCCGCCGCCGCCGGGAGCAAACGUGAAAAUGACUCUGACGCUUCAAAAGCGAACGAGACGACGAAGAAGUCGAUGGACCCCGGUUUGUCUCUGCUCAUCAAGUCCGUUAAGAGCAAAACGGAGCAGUUCCAGGCGCGGAAGAAGCAGAAGCUCACGUAGGUUUGACUCGAACUUUUCUACGGACGCUUUCACGGGAAAACGAAACUCUGCUUCCUUUAAAAAUCACAGACAGUCGACUCGAUGGAGCGAGUUUUUCAUCUUCACGCAGACUCAGCUGCUUCUCUGUUUCAUGUGUUUGUACAGAAACAACAAAAAAAAUCGAUUUUUCAGUAAAGACUGAAUCCUGCCGCCUCAGAUCGUGUUGAAAUGUUUUAUUUUUACAUCUAUAAAAUCAGCGUAAUUCAACACGUUAUUCACAUUAUUCACAGCUCAGGUUCACAAACUCUACAGUCAUUAAAGUCAUCGAGAUGAUCAAAGUUACAGGUUUCGCCUCAUGCAAGAACCAGCAGGAAAAACAG